CACCACCACUGUCGCAUGGAGGCGGACGCCGCGGCCGCCGCCGCGCGGGGCAGGGAGGCAGAGAUCGACAAGGCCCUACGCGCCCGCGUUCCCUUCUUCAAAAAUCAGGCCGACUCCUUGACCCUUGAAGGUGUUAGGAGAACGUUGGAGAAGGACAUGGGGUUGGAGAUAAAAUCACUUGAUGCUCAUAAAAAGUUCAUAAGGCAAUGUAUAGACAAGGUGUUUUCUGAAUUUGGUGAUGAGAAUACUAGUAAUGCAUCAGAGAAGGCUGAAGCUAAAGAUGAUAAUUUGUCCAAGGAAGGAUCGGAAGAUGCGCAAUCAGUGUCGAACAAAAUCUCCUCCAGUGCUGAUGAGCCGGGGGCAAGAUCUAGUGAGACAGAGAAAGAUCCGGAGGGAGCAAGAAAUCAAGCUUCUGGUUGUGAUAUAAGCGAAGCUAUGAUCAAGAAAGCUAUCGAUAAAAGGGAUUCUUAUUUUAGAGAGAACUCAGAAACUCUUACUUUAGUAGGAGUUCGCCGAACUUUAGAAGAAGACCUCAAGCUUGAGAAGAAAGCUUUGGAUGCUUACAAGGGUUUUAUUACCAAAGAGUUAGACAGAGUUUUGGUUUUGCAAGAACCUGAAAAUGGGACAAUGGAUGUUGGCAAAAAGGAGGCACAAAAGGAUGCUAGCCAAAACACAAGUAAAGGCUCUAAAAGAGCUCGUCAAGACUCUGAUACCUCUGAACUAAAUGAUAGCCAUAGUGAGAGGGAGGACAGUGAUAGAGCUAAGAGACCAAAAAAGAGAGGGGCUGAGAAGGGCAAAUCUAUAAAACAGCAGAAAAAGGUUACAGUGGAGAAGAAAUUGUCAACUCCCAAGAUUAAAAAGGUUGCAAAACAAGACUUAGAUAAAAGUACUAAAAACAAAGGUGGAAAUUCGACAGAAGAUAAUCCCCAUUCAUCUGCUGAGGAAGAUGACAAGAAAAGACAACAGCCAGCUCCAGUGUAUGGCAAACAAGUAGAACGUCUGAAGUCAAUAAUCAAAUCUUGUGGAAUGAGUAUUCCACCUUCUGUGUAUCGGAGGGCAAAGCAGGCCCCCGAAAGCAAGCGCGAGGCUUAUUUGAUAAAGGAGUUAGAGGAUAUACUUGAAAAGGAAGGAUUGUCUUCACACCCUUCUGAAAAAGAAAUUAAAGCAGUGAAAAAAAGAAAGGAGAGAGCAAAGGAUCUUGAGGGCAUAGACACGAGCAAUAUUAUUACAAGUUCUCGCCGGAGAAGUUCUUUCAUACCCAUGCCAGUGCCUAAAGUUGAAGCUGAUAGUGACGAUGAUGAAGAUGAAGAAGUUGCAGAUGAUGAGGAGAAUGUAGAGGGUGGAGAUAAAGGUGGCGAUGCAGAAUCUGCUGAUGGAUCUGCUGAUGAUGCUGGAGGGGACAGCGAUUGACUCUUGCGGCGUACUGCAAGGUGGAAGCAGUUGUGGCCUUGGCUAGUUGGCUGUGGGCAUGGAGGAAGCGAGUUGCUCGGAAGUUAACUUUCUGACAUCAAUUUAUGUUGUCUGUUUGUGCGAGACAAUAAUAGAGUUAUUAUUUAUUUGCUGAACAUUUUUUUAGAUUAAGACACCAGGGCAGUCGUAGUUCCUUAACCUCAUACUCCCUCGGUCCGGUAAAAAGCUGCGCGGUGGUCAUUUUGCAAACAAGUCCUCACAGAAUUCCUGA